AUGGCGACGGAUCCCCUUACGUGGAGGUCACGAGUCGUUUCGAUUCCUGAAGAGUUCAUCCCUCUGGGUAUAUUUUGAGAAUUUUUUCUUUUUCUCAUUAAGAGUGUUUAGUGAUUGGAAAAAAAGCAAAGAACAUUCUUCAAAUUCAAAUGGAAACAGGGUGCAGAGUUUAUUUCUCAGAGUUUCUAGGAGAAACCCGAGAAAUAUACAUACGUGGAGAAGCUGUAAGAUAAUCGAAAAAAAUUUCGGAUGGCUAUUAUGUGGAAAUUGCAGGAAAAAACUACUCCAGCAACGGCCAUGUUGAAGAAGAUCAUAGACGAAAUCGUCCUCCAAAAUGAAGCUAAAAUGCAAGCUGUGAAGGACUGCCUUAAAAAAGUCACCGCGGUAUUCCAACUCUAUAUAGUCUUAAAAAUCAUUUGAAUCAAGGAUCCGAUGUCUUUCGACGGGACUGAACUCGACAUGUUCGGAGAUCUCGAUUUCGAUCUAGCCCGACCACUGGCCGAGUACGACAAACAUCCUGCUCGAGUUGAUGUGAGUCUGCUUCAUUUUUGACAACCAGAACAAAGAAAAAACUUAUUGUUUCUGAAAAGCUUCAUCAUGGGAAUGUAGUUAAAAGGUGACAAGAAUCCGAUUUACAGCUCGACUUUUCUGUGUUCGUCCAUAAGUAUUUGAAUGGCAAAGGAGGCUCGCUUAUCAGACAGGUCGCUUCCGAAACGAACUGCAAAAUCGAAUUUGCUCCAUUCGGUUGAGUUUAAUCGAAGAAUGAUGAUUGGGAUAUGUUUUAGAGUCUGAUGCAUCCACUCGCCGGUGUUUCAUUGAAGGAAGAAGAAGAGACGUUUGUAUGGCUUACGAGAAGUUCCGUGUGAUCAUUGAAAAAAAGAAAGGCGCAGAUUACUGCACGACGGUUUGGUUAUUUUUCUCUAAAUGAAAAAAUUAGAAGACUUUCUCCAGUUUUGAGUCUAGGAAUUUCUAUCGGUUGUUUCCGGAUUUUUUCAAAAUCUCUCCGGAAAGAAUAAAAUUGAAUUGUUAUUGGGAAAAGUUUGAAACACUUCAAAAUCUCUUUAAUUUUUCGCAACAAUCUUCAUUUUUUUUUCUGUCAGACGAAUUAUGAGACAUUGCAGGGUAUCGUGCUUGUCGACUUUCAAUUGGUGCCGCCGCAGGAACCUGAAGAGUGCGAACCGAUCGCACCAAAUGAAACCAAGUUGCAGCAAACGGAGAAAGGUUAGUCAAAGCAUAGUGGUUAAUAAAAAGUCUGAUGGUGAGCUUUAGCGAUUCGUCAGAACUGACAGAAAUUAUGCUUUGUCACAAUUUUCAAGUCUUCACAGUAAUUUUUAUCUUUUUCCAGUUGAAAUAGCGAUCGACGACAACGUCAGAAGGGUCGAAACGAUCAAACUUCCCGAAGAGUAUAUUCCUCUCGGUGAGCUUCGAAAGAGCGAUUAUUCAGAAUAUUUGGAGAUUUCAGUGAUUGGAGAAAAGGCGAAAAAUGUUCUUCAAGUCCAAGAGGAGGCGAACUGUUUGAUGUACUUUGGAUUCAGUGAAAAAGGAAUGCGCGACUGCCAUUUUUAUGGGACAAGGGUGAGCAUUUUAAAUCUUUCACGAAGGAUCAUGAAGUUUGGGAUUUUUCAUAUUUUUUUCCGAAAACUUUUGUUUUUUUUUGGUUUCAGACUUUUCGAAAAAGCCAAAAAGGCUUCAAAAAUGUCUACUCAAAGGAAUGCGCGGGUAGCGACUAUUAGGGACCUUUAUACGUUUCUUCAAGAGUUUUUUUGCAAAACAUAAAAAAACAUAAAACUUAAAUAUUUCAAGUUUAGGAUAAUCCUCUUCGUCUGAAGCUUUUGCCUUAGCUCAUGACUAUACCAUUGCAAUUUUCAGAAAGAGGUCGAUCAAGGUGUGGCUAUGAUCCAAGAGAAAAUGAACCUCCUACAGAAUAAAGACAAUGUCAAGAGCCAAACAUGGAAGAUCUGCUUGGACAAACUCCUUAAUGUACUUUGAAACAUUGAAUAGUCGCAAAUAAAAGUUACAAUUUUUGAGGACCCGCGGACUCUCACUGUGAAAGAAAUCAAUUUUUUCACUGAAUCAAGUCUCCGAGGAACGGACGCUUUUGACAUGCAUCAUGCCCGAGCUGAGGUGUGUUGGAUUCAAACCUAAGAAAAGUUUUCGAAAUCUUAAUUUAGAAGCAAGACGCGCAAGGGAAUGGGGAGAGGGGCGCAAAAGUGUAAAAGUGGUAUAUAGGUUUUUAGGGCAUUCUGAUUAAAAAAAAGUUGAAAAUUGCGCCUUUUGCGUUUCAGUCGAAAAAGGGCACCUAGAAGUUUGCGAAAAAUGAAUAGUAACAGGGAAUAUUCCGCGACAACUCACUUUUCAGUGAGCAGGCGGCGUGGUGUAGUGGUUAGCGUCUUGCAUUACGGAGCUUUUGGUGAUAGUUUGAAUAUUUUCGGUGAAAUUGAAUUAUUCGAACUUUUGAGGCGCAAAUUUGUUUGUGAAACGACGGAAAUGGUUUUUUUUGCGCUCUUAACGUUUUUUUUUAUAAUCUUCAAAGUUUCAUUAUGGUUUUCAAGAAAACACCCUUUUUAUAAUUUCUUUGGAAUCAGCGUUUUCUGAAAUACAUAAAACCUAUACAUCAAGUUUUAUCGAAGUUUUCACAAAAAAAAUAGAUUCAUCUCAAAAAAGGGCCUUGACAAUGUACCAUAUUUACUCGGAGCACAAUAAUAUGGAACGAAAAUAAGGACAACCAUUUAAUGAAAAGAUUUCAAUUUGAACAGAAGGUAGAAUAAAUUGACAGAUUGAAUUGUCUGCGCUCGCCGUGAAACUUGUGAUUGGCAAGAAGACCACUACAAUCACGAAGAUAACUAAAGAAACGGAAUGUCACAUACAUUUCGUCUAUGCAGGUGAAACAAAUAGUAACAUAGAUGAAUUAAGAUUUUUCCAGAACUCGGUACACCAAUUCGCAGGGGAGUCAUCAUCGGUAGAAGGUACCAAGUGUGCGAGUGUUUCGAACAAAUGCGUCUUGCCAUCCAAAAGAAGAAAGGCAAAGAGUACUCCCUCCAAGUUGGUGUCAUUUCAAGUUAUCAAAACAUACAAACUAUUUCGUAUCUGAUUUUCAUACCUGAUCGACAAAAACUGCAAUAAAUAUUUGAUAAAAGUUUGAUGAAGCUUUUCCAGCAGUAUUGCUCAACAACAGCCAGGUGAAAACUCUGUGAAGCGAAAAAAUUUGUACCAAUACUUUUUUAACUGUUUCGAAACUGCACAAAUGUGAAUCAUCUGAAUCUUAUACCAUUUGAAAAUGUUUACAGAACCUUUCGUUCAUAAGCGUUCGGUUGGAGUUGCCGACAGAGGCGAAACCGGGUUAGUUUUUUUUGAGUGUGUUUGAAAGAGUUACAGACAAAGUUAAUUUGUUUCAUGAACUUCUUUUAGUUCCGAGAAAGUUGACUAAACGCAAUCUCAAGGCGUUUUGUUCUGUAGCGCCUGAGAGGGAACAGCAAGAGAAGCGAGAAACACAACAAAAGAUCGUUGAGCUGGCUUCCGAAUUGAGUGAGUAUGGCAAGAUUAAAAUUUUGAAAAUAAAAGUUAUUAGGAGUUCAAUAUAAUACUCAUGUGUUGUUGGUUUUUUCAUUUCAACCAAGUUUGGGAAUGAAAAAAAGGCCACUUUAAUAAAAAACUUUGUUGCCCAAGUUCAAAAAUUCUGAUCGGUUUUGCUCGGAAAUUGAUGAAGAAUUAAGAUUUUCACCAGUAAAAUAUUUCACUUGAAGAGCGUUAAAAAUAAAGAAUAACCAUUGUUCAAUGUAAUCAUUUAUCCACCACACUAGAUUGAUAUUCAAAAUUUAGUUUUGUUUCUUCAAAACUCUCGAACUGGAACAAAAAUCGCCUAAGUUUUGAAAAUAAAAGUAAUAAAGUUAAAAAAAUACUGCGCUUGAAGAACGCUCAAAAUGAAAUUUCUAAAGAGUACUUUUCAAAAAUGCAAGUUUUGCUUCUCGAUCUUCAUUUGAAGACAAAAUUCUGAAACUUUUCUUAAUCGAACCAAAGUAGCUUGAUUGCUUUCAAAAUGAAGAAAAAUAUGCACUUUCAUCACUGGAGUGACAAACUUGACUGAGUUCCUAAUUAUUUAUAAAGUUCGAAUGGUUUUCGUCGCGAAUCGUCAUGACAAAGGCUGGAUAAUACGGUAAUAGACUCACUCCUCCUUCCUUUGCGUGUAGAACAAAAAGUUUGCGGCGGCAAGGAGAGCGCGCGAAAAGAGGCCUUGCAGCGUGGAAAGGUUACUUGGCCCGCACACUCGGACACUCGUCCUCUUCUACGUUUCUCGUUGCGUUCCUUCUGUUUUCAUUCAAAUUUCCUCGUUAUCGCUAUGCAAAACUUAUUUCUAACACCGUCGCAAUUCGUUUUCAACUCAUUUUUUCAGAAAAAAUAGAACUCAAGAAAAUGGCGCUUGAGAGAGAGAACAUGAGCAAGGAAUCGGAGAAAAACUAUUCGACUUCAGAGAAUUUCGAAGUUAAAGGCGGCCAAAUUCAAGAAGUUGUAGGCGACUCUGCAAAAGGUAAUCUGAAAACUUUGUUCGAAAAUUUGUUUUGUCCGUUUCAGAAUCUAUGCCGAAGGGAAAUGAGAAAGGCGCUGACGUCAAGGAAAUGGGAAAAGAGAACCGUGGCGAUUCGCUUGCUGAACCUGCUCGUGUCCGUGCGCCUGUGUCUUAUGCGGACGCUCUGAAGACUAUUCAUCCCAAGUUGCCCCAAGUUCCGGAAGGUGAGUUUUUACCAACUCUUCAAAAAAAAAAAUGUUGCACGGUUUUAUGUGGAGAAAAAAAAAGUUUCAGCUCAUCCUGUUGAAGCGGUCAUUCCAGCAGUCACUCUUGCGGUCAACAGGUAAUCAAGAUCUUUAAAUUAGAAAGAAAAAAUCUGAGAUGGGUUCAAUCACUGUCAGCUUGAAAAAGCAUCAAAGUAGAGUCUUCACAAAAUUUGCAAAGACUUUCAAAAAAUGAGUGGUGAGACCAGCUAAAUAUGGAUCAAGUAACAUAAAACAACCUUCUUUUUCAAUUGCCUAUUCCCAAACAUUUCUAUUUUAAUAAAAUUGUUUCAGCAAUGAACUCGAGGAAGAACAAAAGACUGUGGGGCGUGACGCUAGUAGUGAAGAAAGUCUGGCUCUUUCGGAUAGCUUCGAUUGGGUGCUUUGAAAAAUACGUUUCUCGUUUCACUACGAAGAUCUGUUUAGAAAAGCGCGGUUGGAGCUGGCAAGGCUACAAAGAAGGAUGACUUCCUCGAGAAACACCAGAAAGGCGGACUCCGCGAUAGCUUCCCGAGGGUUUUCACAUCUGUUUUUCUUAAACUUAGACAGUUUUUUGUAGAUUACUGAAGAUACAGUUGUCAUCUCGCUUCCGGGUCAACGUCUUCUGAUAGAAACUAGAACGGGCGAGACAACUGUUUGUCUGGAGUCCGAUGAGUGAGAACUUCUUUUUACCAGCUUCAUCAUCUUCCGAAAACAUCAACUGAAAUUGCAUUUUAAGAACUGGAAACUCUGGACUGCUCGCUCAAGACUCAGAAGCCAACAACACGAGCUCGUGUCGCAUCAAUGUUCUCACAGGACUCCCUGUCUGUUUCAACGUGCCGAUUAAAAGGUAAAGAAACAAUAGAAUUACUUCUAAGAAAGUAAUAUAAACGAUGAAAGCACUUUUAUUGAUUGUUCCAUUAUGGCAUAGCUAACAACUCAUGUAGUGAGCGUACAUCAGUUGUUAGUUAUGACACAUUUUUAAUGCUUUGCAGGCCUCUCAACACUAUUGGAAUUCCUGUGGAGCUCCUUUCUGAGCAGGCAAAGAAAGCGUUGGACCCUCUGCGCUGUCGCUGCAACCAGGCUUCUGACAUCGGACCGUACGUUUCUUUUUUUUUCUUUUACCCAAAAAAUCGUAAAAAGCAUAAUCAAACAAUAGAAAAACGUGUUUGAAAUGAAGAUGGUCCUAUUGAGUUGAAAGAAAACCUUGGCAUUAGUAGUAAAAAUAUAAACAAGAACUGAUGGAAAACGAGGCCCAGUAAAACAAAUGUAUACAUUUCUAUUUCUGGAAUGAGAAAAAAAGGUUCACGUGAACGAAAUACCGCUUCAAAUAGUUCACCAAGGACUGAGAGAAAUGAGCGCUCUAGCGCAAAUAGAGAAAAGAGAGAGAAGUAUCAGAGAGAAAAUUCUUUGAUUGGCUUGCUUUUUUCAUAAAACCCUGUCCACCGAAAUUUAUCAAUGAGCUACAAAAGAUGAUAAAAAAAAUGAAAUAUAAUUCAAUACUUAUUCAGAAUUUUUUUCAAUUCAAACUUCCACAGGGUUCUGUGUGUGAAUGACGAAAAAAACGUCAGAAAGGGGGAUGCCCUGGAUAUCACUUCUAUUUUUCAUUUUGGCUAUAUUGUCACAUUUUCUUUUAUUGAUCAAAGCUGGUAAUUUAAGCUAAAGUUUUCAAGUGAAAAAAAAAAACGAUAAAUCGGGAAGUUUUGAGUUUCUCGUACACUAGAUGAACAAAAAAAGUCUAGAAAUACGAGGUAGGUGGCCAUUUGAAAGUGACUUAUUAGUUCAUUUUCUCGAUUUUUCAACUUCUGAAACAGCCUGCAACAGUCUUUUUUCAGUAUUUUCCGCGAUGGUCUUCGCUCUUCCACUGUCAAUCGCCUGAUGAAGAACAUCGAAGCCGCCAACGCCACCGACGAAGACUGA